UCUGCCUGCCACGCCCUUUUUGCCAACGCCUGGUAAUUGUGUUAGGUUGAGCCUAGAGGGGUUUCUUGUAGGCUGCAGUCAGUCUCUGGGUUUUUCUUGUCCUCCCUCUCCUUUCUCCGCCGGCCAGCGGCUCACACGCUGAGGAGCGCCAGGUUUGGCUGCCUGCAUCAGGUCUAGCUCGAACUCCUCCCUUGACCCUCUGCUCAGCUUUCCUUUCCUCCCGGUCGUUUUAUUCUUCUCUGUACCAAAUCACAGUCAAGCCAUGGCAGACAAAACCGAGCUGAUCCAGAAGGCCAAGCUGGCGGAACAGGCGGAGCGCUACGAUGAUAUGGCGGCCAACAUGAAGGCUGUGACAGAGUGCGGGGACGAGCUGUCCAACGAAGAGCGGAACCUUCUUUCUGUGGCUUACAAGAACGUGGUUGGCGCACGGAGGUCAGCAUGGAGGGUCAUCUCCAGCAUUGAGCAGAAGACUGAGAGCUCUGACAAGAAGCUGCAGAUGGUCAAAGAGUACAGGGAGAAAGUGGAGAGCGAACUGAAAUCUAUAUGUGAUGCUGUGCUGACCCUACUUGAUAAAUUCCUAAUCAGUAAAUCCACCCAGCCGGAGAGCCAGGUCUUCUAUCUGAAGAUGAAGGGAGACUACUACCGAUACCUGGCAGAGGUGGCCACUGGAGAGGAGAGAGCCCGUACAAUACAAGACUCACAAGAGGCUUAUCAAGAAGCAUUUGACAUCAGCAAACAGAAAAUGCAGCCAACACAUCCCAUCCGCUUGGGCUUGGCCCUGAACUUCUCUGUAUUCUUCUAUGAAAUUCUUAAUAGUCCUGAAAAGGCAUGUCAACUGGCAAAGACUGCGUUUGAUGAAGCGAUUGCAGAACUCGACACCCUUAAUGAAGACUCCUACAAAGAUAGCACACUUAUCAUGCAGUUGCUUAGAGACAACCUAACAUUAUGGACAUCAGAUGCUGCAGGAGAGGACAACGAUGCUGGAGAACCAGCAGUGGAAAACAACUAGUGCCGCCAUCUGUCCCUAAUCAGCCCUUUUUACACAUCUCCAUUCCUAAUCGCUCCACGUGGAUUUCCUUAUAGCAAAGAAAGUCCAUCCAUGUGUAACGGAAAUAAAGUUUAUAGUCUCUUCACACUGCAGCUUCUGGAGAACUCAUUCCCGGUUUAUUUUUAAAUUUUUUUUUGGUGUGCGGUUACUGCUGUAGAGAAGUAUUAACGGUUUCACUUCAUGUAAAAAAAAUAAAAAUAUUAAAUAAAAAAAAUUGAAAGAAAAUGUGGAACUUCACAUAACUACCAGACACUUAUGGUAAGGACUCAAAGCCUUUCUAAUAUUUAAAGAAAAAAAGAAAAAUUGGAACCAUUAGUUUCUGCAACUGACUUGUUGUGUAUUAUAAUGUAAAAUGUAAGAAAUUAAGUUAACUGCUGCAGCCAAACUUUUUUUUUUUUUAAAUAUCAUUCCCCCCAGCCCCCCCCCCCCCCCCCCCCUCCCUUCGGUAUCACUCUUUUGACACGUUCUCUGCCUUCCUUCCUUAAAAGCCAAUUGAGUUGCUGCUGCCUGGGUAUAACUUCUGUUUUCUACCCAGCAAACAUCUGGUUAAAGGGGUUGUCCCAUUUCGGACUUUCAUGGCCCAGGUGGGAAUAAUCACAGUAAACGCUGGCCAGUGGAGUUAUGGAAAUGGCUGAGGGGCCAGCGCUCCCCAUCUCUGUAACUCCCAUAGCAGUAAAUGGUCGCUGUGCUGUUCACGUAGCUUCCGUUCAUUUCUGUGGGAGUUAAAGAAACAGCAAUUCUCUGAAUUGUCCCUGAUUCUGGUCACCCUUUGACGCUUACUUGCCAUAAAAGACAAAAAUGAGACAACCCCUUUUUAAGACUUUGUCCACAGUGUAGUUUCAGGGUAUGAUCAGACGGGGGAUUUUGUCCAUGACAAUCCGUCAUAUAUGCCACAGCAGAAAGCGCUGUGCUGUGGUUUCUGCAGUGGGUUUCCAUGCAGACCGGCUGGAGUUAAACCAUGAGCAGACUCCCGCUAUGGCUUUGCGAGAUGUCCACGCCAUCUUCAAAACAGUCUGCAAAAACCCUCAGCUGUAUAGACUGUGGCAUGGACUCCCAUUGGAAAUGGUGGGAGGUGGCUUCAGCUCAGAUUCAGUCCGGUUUUCUGCACCGAAUCCAUGCUGAAACCCACACCCAAAAUCCUCCAUCUGCACGUACCCUUAGGGUGGUGCAAAUUAUUUUCCACCAAAACCAAUCUUUGGCUGUGAAUAAAAGUCACGGGAAGCUGCACUGUAGGAUCGAAGCCGACGGCCUAAUGCUUCAGAGGCUGUGGACUAGGAUUGUGGGAUUCUCAUGUCCAAUUACUGAUAUAUAAUUUUUUUUAUUCUUUUUGCUGCUGUUCAGUUGACAAACCUGCCUACUCCAAUAAACCUUCAUUACACUCCG